GCGCCCUCUCUCACAAUUAAGACACUGGGCUGCGAUUGACUCCAAAGACUAACGAAGGUUGUCUUUCGCAAGAAACAAAAAAGUUUUGGAUAUGGGUAAUUUACUUCCUCUUGACUCACACAGGAAGCAGCAAAUUGAAGACAUUGCAGAAGAAUUUUUAAAGGAAUUCACCAUAGCUUACAACACAGCCUAUGGAGUUGAAUACACAAAGACAACCUUGAAGGAAAUAGACGCUGAAUCAUUUGCAGAGGAAAAGCCAACAUUUCAGCUAUUGCAAAGAUCAUGGGAUAGCUUUAAGGGUCCUCUGAAGAUGGGAUACCUUACCAAAAGAGGAGCAGUGGUGAAAAACUGGAAGAAGCGUCAUUUUGUUGUGAAUCCUGAUUACUCUGUGGACUAUUUUGAAACUGAAGAGGCAUUUGAAAAAGGCUUUAAGCCCAAAGGCACCAUCUUUCCAUGUGGUUAUGAAGUAAAUGCUGAUCUGGAUGAAACAAUGGCAGAAAGAGUCAAAAACCUUGCAAAAAUGAUGAAGGUGGAUGAGAAGGAGUUACCCACUCCGGAGAAGUAUCCUGAGCAUACAUUUGAGGUGGGUCACUCAAGAAGAAGAGCAUAUCUAAUCACAGCUGAGAAUGAGGAAGACAAAAAAGCCUGGGUUGAAACAUUUAAAGUUUGCUGCAGAAAAGCUUCGGGAUUGAGGAGUGAGGAUCCAGUGGGCCGUGAAGCUUUCAAGGUCGCUAUCUGGAAGACGUACUGGAGGUACAGAGUUACAGGCACUGAGGAGCAGAUUCUCAGUGAUAUCCUCGUGGACAGGAUCAAUUAUCGAGUGAUGUCUGAUGUUUAUGCUGACAUUCCAGGAGGCUGGACAAUAAAGCAAAAGAUCAGAGAACAGGUUGUGAAGACACUUGAUUCUCUUGUAAUGGCCAUGGUGAUUCCAUCAUGGAAAGGAAUGCAGGAAUCUUCUCAACAAAUGAAAACGGUCCUCGAGCCAACCAUCAAAAGUAAGAAGGACGAACUGGCUGCAGUGCAACGCAAAGUCAUGUGGGACUUAUCAGAACUUUUAAAAAGCUCAAUGGAAAAAGUUCUGAAAGACAUGGAAGAGAUGUUGAAAGAGAUAGUUGAUCUGUUAAAACCCAAGAUGGAACAAGGUUUGGCAGAGUUGAGGAAAAUCUUCAUCAAGAAAGUGGAUGAAGUGAUUGAGAAAGCCAAGAGCACUAAUGAAAUUGAAGCAUCUUUGCCCUCAUUUUUCCUGACGUUGGACAAAGCUCCACGCUCGUGGUCUGUGCUCUAUGAUGCUUUAGUUCAUAUUCGUUUUGUAAGCACGUUGCAUGAAAAGUUUAGAGAGCGCAUCAAUAAUUUGAAUGGUCAUCUGGUGACAGACAUAGGAACUGAUAAACUGGCUCAGUUUCUGGAUUCAGCCGUGUUUACCUUUGAGGAGCGUUUCAAUGAAGGAAUCUCUGGUACUGAUGCCAAAGCAAACGGUGAAACUGCCGCAGACGUUAUGAAAGUUGUCAAAGAGGAAGUGUUGUUGAAAUAUGACGAGGACCAGAAAAUUGUCCUGGACCAGUACCUGAUGGAAUCAAUGCUGUGCAUGCUGGUACCACACACCCACAGCUUGACUGAUCAAGUCUGUAAACCAAUGAUUAAACCAGUAGAGAGCAGUAUCCCAGACCCCCUCCGACAGGCUAUUUCACUCAGCGACAAGUAUGACACUUAUGUGGAGACUAGCAUACGGGACACGAUCAAGAAAGUUUGUGGAAUAGGGGGAGCCGCGGUGGGAAAAACAGAGCAACCGAAAGCUGACGAACCGAAAGCUGACGAACCGAAAGCGGAUGAACCGAAAACUGAUGAACCGAAAGCUGAAGAACCGAAAGCUGAUGAACCGAAAGCUGAAGAACCGAAAGCUGAAGAACCGAAAGCUGAUGAACCGAAAGCUGAAGAACCGAAAGCUGAUGAACCGAAAGCUGAAGAACCGAAAGUUGAAGAACCGAAAGCCGAUGAACCAAAAGCCGACGAACCGAAAGCCGAUGAACCAAAAGCCGACGAACCGAAAGCUGAUGAACCGAAAGCUGAUGAACCGAAAGCUGAAGAACCGAAAGCUGAUGAACCGAAAGCUGAAGAACCGAAAGCUGAUGAACCGAAAGCCGACGAACCGAAAGCUGAAGAACCGAAAGCCGACGAACAGACGGCCGAGGAGAAACCGAGUGAAGUUGGAGAAAAAGCGAAUGAACCCGAAGCUGAAGCGGAAGAGAAAACAUGCGAAGAAACAACUGAACUUUAGGAAGACUGACAUUAAAUUUCUGAAUGAGUAAUGUGAUCAACACCCAGCAGUCCAGUGAUUAUUUCCUAAAUUUUCCCUCAUUAUCUUGAAACAUGCAGGUUAUGAAAAACCAAGGACUUGAUUGUAUGAGAAAUGUGUUGACUUAGGCUCAAUUUCUCCCGAAAAGACUUUUUAAAGAAGUAAUCAUAUGGUAUUAUCAAGAGUUUUAGAUAAUGUAAAUGUUAAUAUCGACUAUGGGACAUGAACGUUUAAAGCAACUGCUACAACCUGGUAAUUAUUUGGAAACAUUUUCAGGAGUCACCGAUAUCCACUCUACAGCAAAUAGAUUCUUUUCAGCCUGUUUCUUUGUUUUUUUUUUUUUCUUUUUUUUUUUUUCCUUUGAAGAUUCAUGAUCUUUUGACGCGUGAAAAGAACCGUCUGCCUUGUGUCGCUCGGGUUUUUUUAAAAGGAUUAUUUUUCUAUCAUACGUUUGAAGGAAAGAGAUCGUCGAACUGCGAACGGAAACUCCUCCAAAGUAACAAUGAAAGAGAGAGGAAGUUUUGAAUAGCGCAUCCAGUUGCUUGCACUAUAGUAAGGACAUGAUAUAUUUUUGUAUUAACUGUUAUUUUUAUGUAGAAAGAGUAAAUAUAAACUCCGAUUGUUUUGAAGUAUAA